AUGUCAUUUGGCGAUGUCUUCAAGAGCAGCAAGGCGCUCAAGGCAGAGAGAGAGCUGGUGGCCAGGAAGCUAACAGGCAAGCAGAGAGCGCAGCUCAAGGCCGAGAGCAAGAGACUAGCCGAACUGAACGCAGCGAUGGCACCAUACACCAAGGUUCAGGAGGCAAAGAACAGCAGCGGUCAGGCAGCAGGGCCUCCAGGGCCUCCACCAGCCGUAGUCCCUCCUCCGCCUGCUAAUCUACCACCAGGGACCAUUCAGCAAAAGCCUGAGGCCGCUGUAGUCCCAGCUAUUGUGGUCCGGGACUGGACAGACGAGGACAACGCCCAGUUGAAGGCGCUGAAGGAGGACAACAUCAGCUGGCGGAAGAUCGCGGAGACGAUGAACUGGCCGGUCCACGAGCUUAAAGAACGAUGGCGAGCCAUCAAGCCUGAGCCGCCGAAGAAGCCGCAGCCAGAGCCAGGAAAGGUCAAACAAGACGGCGUUCAGGAGAAGAGAGUCGUGUUUACGGAGUCAGGCGAUGAGAAAAAGGGCAAAGAAGCCCCAAAGGUGGUAUAUGCAGAUGAAAGUCUGAGCACAGAGGAGGCUGUUCUGCUCAGCAAGCUUGCGGACAAGUACGACAAGGAGAUGUGGUUACGCAUCUGCUCCAAGUUCUUUGACAAGACCGGCAAGCGACUUGAUCCAGACGAGGCCAGACGGCACAUCCGUCCGUCGUAA